CAUCCGUUCACCGUCCUAACACAUUUGUAUCGGCUUACAGACGCGUUUUUGACCAUAAUAGAGGUGUUUUCGGACCCGGGUCCCCUAAAAUGGCGCAUAAAAACAAUGACUUGAAUGGCUCUAAAGACUUGCUACUUAGUCCUAAAAUGGACGCUAAAAACUUAAAAAAUACUAACUCCAUAAGUCCAACAUGGAGUCCAAAAACAAUUAAAUCAUCGCCCAAUAUAAAACAAGACACAGUAAUGAAAUUCUUUCAGCCCAAAGUAAGUAUUAAAGAAGAAAAUACCAAAAGAAUUGAGUCAGCUCUUAAAAAGGAGUCUCCUGUGUUUGCUACGCCAGCAACAACAGCAUCACCCUUUCCUGUUGCUCCAAAGAGAGCUAAUAAGUUUGUUCAACCUGCUCCCGGGGCGUCCAAUCAACUUAAACAAACUUUCAUUCCACCUUAUCAAGAACAAACAGCCUAUUUGACCUCCCCUCAGCUCCAAUCAACGUCAAUAACCUCCCAAAAGCUUCAACCAGUACCUAUGACCUCCCAAGAGCAUCAACAAGCGCGCCUUAUGACAUCCCAAAAGCUACAACCAGCUUCAUUGACCUCCCAAAUGCAAAAAACUGCUCCCACGACCUUCCAAAAGCUACAAACAGCCCCAAUGAACUCCCAAAAGCUACAAACAGCCCCAAUGACCUCCCAAAAGCUACAAACAGGCCCAAUGACCACCCAACAGCUUCAAACAGCCCCAAUUACCUCCCAAAAGCUACAAGCAGUCACCCCCAUUUCCCUCCCUAGCUCACCCUCGGCACCGAGAAGAGUUCCCCUCUCUCUUCAAUCCAACAACAAUCAAAACAUUGUUUCAUUCUUUGAGAAUAAACAGAACAAUUUUAGUAAAAAUGAGGAAAAAAUUCCUAGACCUAUUUUUCCCAAAACUGUUGAUUAUAAGCCGGAGACUGUAAAGCCUGCUGAAAUAUUAAAAACACCCUUCUUGCUUGAAUCAAGACCCUCGGAAGACCAAGAAUUGGCGCCCAAAAUGUCAACAUCCCCAAAAAAAAUCAAUAUGGCGACGCCGAAAGGGCAAGGAUCAGCUGUCGUUCCAUUGGUUGAUGGUGGACCAGUUGUUCCAAUUGUUGGAUUUCCUCAAGUCAGCACAUCCAUGGUGGCCAAGACAAAGGCCCUUUUUGAAGAUAGAGGGAAAGAAAAUGUCAAUUUUGUUUCUCUUAAAAAAUCUCGAACAUUUUCGAGCUUUCCCACAGAAUUCGGCGGCACUGAAAAAGUUCAGCACAGUUUCCCGCUUUCACCAUCCCCGCCGAAAAGAUCCAGCAGCCGGCGAGUGAUAGCCGAUUAUCAGUUUAAGAGCCUAAACUACAACCUGGAUCAGGUUGGUCUCGAUUCAUCCCAGGCCGGUUCCAACCGAUCCUCAAUUUUGGAUCGAUCUUCCGUCCCAGACCGAUCCUUGAGGUUUACUCAGCGAUCCUCGGGUGUCCUCGAAGAUUUUGGAAAGGGUCGAAGUUUAAAUACAAACAUGGAUUCCUGUGGCCUCGACGAGGCUGCCUUAAACCGUCGGCCUCUAAGGGAGUUCUUCCAUUGAAGCGGGAAAUAUUUAUUUCAAAUAUUUUAUUUAAAUAUAUUUGUGUACCAACAUUGUAUUAUAAACUUCAUUGAUUGUAAAAUGUAUUUUUCCAAGAUUUGCGUGAUAAAUAAAUGUCGUCCUGAAUAA